AUGGUAAUGUUGCUACACAAGCGAGAAACUCAUAACCUUUCAUGGCUUCCUUUUGAGAGAAAAUGCUUUAACCUUCUCCAACAAAACCACCACCGUCACGGCGGAAGAUUCUCCCUCCUUCAGAUCCACGCGUUCAUUCUCCGUCACGCCAUAGAGACCAACAUUCAAAUCUUCACGAAACUCCUAUCUGUUUCCGCCUCGGCUGUUGGGAUUCGUCACGCACGUAAGUUGUUCGAUGAAAGGCCUCAGAGAGAAGAAGAAGACAGUUUCCUCUGUAACUCAAUGAUCAAAGCCUAUCUCGAAGCUAAACACUAUACUCACUCUUUUAAUCUUUAUAGAGAUCUAAGGACAGAAACGUCUUUUGCUCCUGAUAAUUUUACUUUCACUACUUUGACUAAGUCUUGUACUUUGAGUACGUGUGUUCACGAGGGUUUACAGUUGCAUGGUCAGAUUUGGAGAUAUGGGUUUUGUGCAGAUAUGUAUGUUUCGACAGGAGUUGUUGAUAUGUACGCUAAGUUUGGGAAGAUGAGUUGCGCGAGGAAAGUGUUCGACGAAAUGCCUCAGAGAAGUGAGGUUUCUUGGACGGCUCUAAUCUGCGGGUAUGCUAGGUGUGGGGAGGUGGAAGUAGCGAGUAAGCUCUUUGAUGAGAUGCCUGAAGUUAAAGACGUUGUGAUAUAUAACGCGAUGAUGGAUGGUUAUGUUAAGUCUGGUGAUAUGACCUCUGCUAGAAGAUUGUUUGAUGAGAUGAGAUUUAAAACUGUAGUCACUUGGACCACUAUGAUUCAUGGUUACUGCGACAACGAAGACGUGGAAUCCGCUAGGGAGUUGUUUGAUGCGAUGCCGGAGAAGAACAUAGUUUCUUGGAAUGCGAUGAUAGGUGGAUACUGUCAGAAUAAACAACCUCAAGAAGCUAUAAGAUUGUUUCAAGAAAUGCAGGCAACCACGUCGCUGGAUCCUGACGAGGUGACGAUUGUGAGUGUGUUGCCAGCUGUUUCGGACAUCGGUGCUCUCAGUCUAGGUGAGUGGUGUCACCGUUUUGUGCAGAGGAAGAAGUUUGAUAAGAAGGUGAAAGUGUGUACAGCGAUUCUUGACAUGUACUCGAAAUGCGGGGAGAUAGAGAAGGCGAAGAUAAUCUUUGAUGAGAUGAUAGAGAAAGAAGUAGCGUCGUGGAACGCUAUGAUAAACGGGUAUGCUUUGAAUGGGAAUGCAAGUGGAGCUUUGGAUCUGUUCUCGGCAAUGCUGCUGAGAGAAGUAAAGCCAGAUGAGGUCACAAUGCUGGCGGUUCUCUCAGCUUGUAACCAUGGAGGGUUAGUGGAGGAAGGAAGAAAAUGGUUCCAUAUGAUGGAAGAGUUUGGCCUUAAUGCUAAGAUUGAGCAUUAUGGCUGUAUGGUUGAUAUACUAGGGAGAGCAGGACGCCUGGAGGAAGCAGAGGAGUUGAUUAAAAGCAUGCCUUAUGAGCCAAACGGUAUAAUCCUAAGCGCUUUCUUGUGUUCAUGUGGGCAAAGCAAGGAUACAGAAAGAGCUGAGAGGAUUCUGAAGAAGGCAGUUGAGUUGGAGCCUCGGAAUGAUGGGAAUUAUGUUCUGUUGAGGAACUUGUAUGCUGCAGAUUCAAGAUGGGACGGUGUGAGGAUGGUGAAAAACAUGAUGAGGAAGAACGAAGCUAAAAAAGAGGUCGGAUGUAGCACGGUUGAGAUAGGUUCUAUUGUCUCGGAGUUUAUAUCAGGAGAUACAACGCAUCCGCAUCUGAGAAACAUACGUUUGGCUCUUGAGAAGCUGCUUAUGCACAUGAAGGCAUCUGGUGAAAGCAAAUCAUAUAAUUAUUUAUCAUAUGUAUACUAACUAAAACUGCCGAGAAUACUCU